GUUCUCAUAUAUUCUCGAAUCACGAUGAGACCAUAGCAUAGUUACACGGGGAUACACAAACCAAAACAAAAAGAGCAAUAGGUGAAAGUCAUGUUCCCGACAAAAACACUUCUCUUUAUCGCCGUCGUGUCACUUCUCGUAACAUUCUCGUCUGCAGCCAUCGAUACUUUCGUCUACGGUGGCUGCUCUCAAGCGAAGUACUUCCCGGGUUCUCCUUACGAGUCUAACGUAAACUCACUGCUCACCUCCUUCGUUAGCUCAGCUUCUCUCUACACAUACAACAACUUCACCGUCAACGGGAUCUCCGGAGACAGCUCCUUCGUCUACGGGUUGUACCAGUGCCGCGGUGAUCUCUCCUCAGCCUCCGGCGAUUGCGGAAGAUGCAUAGCGAGAGCCGUUAGCCGGCUAGGGAGUCUCUGCGCCAUGGCGUCCGGUGGCGCGUUGCAGCUCGAAGGCUGUUUCGUGAAAUACGACAACUCGACGUUCCUUGGCGUGGAAGACAAGACGGUGGUGGUUAGACGGUGCGGACCACCGGUUGGUUAUAACUCGGACGAGCUUACUCGGAGAGACUCCGUGGUGGGUUAUUUAGCGGCGAGUAGCGGUGGUUCAUACAGAGUAGGAGUGUCGGGGGAGUUGCAAGGCGUGGCGCAGUGCACCGGAGAUCUCAGUGCGACCGAGUGUCAAGACUGUUUGAUGGAGGCGAUCGGACGGCUGAGAUCGGAUUGUGGAGGAGCCGCUUGGGGUGACGUGUACUUAGCCAAAUGCUACGCGCGUUACUCGGAACGUGGAGGUCACUCUCGAGCCAACGGCUACGGUGGGGGACGUAACAAUGAUGACGAUGAGAUAGAGAAGACGCUAGCAAUCAUAGUUGGGUUAAUUGCUGGAGUUACGUUACUCGUUGUAUUUCUCUCUUUUAUGGCAAAAUCGUGCGAGAGAGGUAAAGGUGGGAAAUAAAAUGUCGACUUUAGCUUAUUGACUCGUAAUAUCAUCAAGAAAAAAGAAUUAAAAUGCGUAAAAGGGGAAAGAAAAAGCGAAGAGAUUCUUUAAUAUUCUCCACUAAAAAAGAAAAACCCUAAAGAAUGUUUCUUUUUUGACUCACUUUAAUUUAUGUUUUUACUAUUUUUCAAAUGUAUAGAAAGUACUCACGUCGUUUAAAUUUGUAAGAGAUACAUUCUAAAGUAGUGGUGCAUGUUUUUUUCUUA